AUGACCUCCUACUUAUCCUACUUCACCUCGCACAACUCGAGUGCACCGUCGUCCCAAGCCUCGACUCCUGGCACUACAUCGACAUGGUCGAGCACUUUUACCUCACGCAUAGCGACUCUGCGGAAGGCCCUGACGAAAGAUUCGGAGGAAGACGAUCCAGACAAUGAAGAUUGCUCUCACAUCUCGAACGUGCUACGGGCUUAUUACACGGAAAAGGGACGACCGUUCCCGGAGUGGCUCCCACCGGAUCCCAAGAAGCCGGUCGUUGCUCCUCAUCAACCUGAAGCGGCGUAUGGACAAUAUGCGGGUGCGUACGGAUCUCAGUACGGUAUUCAGCAGACACAUUCCAGGGGCUCUUCUGGAGGACGAGGAGGCGGUCUAUCUGAUCUCUGGGACUCUACGCCGGCUCCUGCGGCGCCGCCUUCUCAAAGCCUUCGGGCUGCUCGCAUCACACCGCACUCGCUACGCUCGCAUGAUUCCACCAGGUCUCAAUCCAGCGGUAGUGGUCAGACAGUACCCUAUGAUGCUCACAACCACGCACCACGGCCUUUACCCAGCCAGCGGGCAGGGAGUUAUCAGACGAAUGCCACUCCAGCAGCCCUAGGCUCUCGUGAUCGACUCCGCGCCCGUUUGCAAGGCGGCGGUAGCGGACGGAGCAGUCCUUCUGCCGGCUCAAGUGGUGGAGGGAGUGGUGCUCCAGGAUCGUAUGGUGCGCCAGGUGGUGGUUACGGAAGUCAAAACAGAAGUGGAUCGUCUCAACCCUACAUGUCGGCUUCAGAGCCUUGGUCUACAGGGGCCGCACCGAGCGGAGAAGCUUACGGCUAUGAUACUCACUCUUCCGGUGGUGGUCUUGCGUCGACCUCUUCACACCAAUACGGCGGUCGAGACUACCGGCAGCGUCCUGGAGGCCCAAGAUGA